AAAGAUUUCUGUUGUUUAGUAGAUAGGUGGGGGAAUUCGUGGACCUGUCAUUAGUUUUUAGUUUGAUACAUUCUAAACUUAUUUGUUUUGUGUCGGUCUUCGUCUUUCUUUAUCCACUCAUCCGUUUUUAAAUGCUCUAUAUUUCUAAUUUUACUUUAUUUGUCAGUUGGCAAAACGUGUAUUGUUGACCAAGAAUGUGUUUCAUGAAUAAUACAAUGUUACAUCCUUGAGGCAAUUGUGCUGUGAAUUUCAUGGUUAGAUUACUGUAUAAUUCGUUUGGUAGUUGUAGUUGAUGUUUAAACCAAGUUUUGUACGUGCUGAGUGCUGGAUUGAACUACAGGCAUGUUGAAGUUUAUAAGAGGAAAAGGUCAACAACCCUCCACUGAACGCCAGAAGAUUCAGAGGGAGUUAUUUGCAUUUAGAAAAACAAUCCAACAUGGCUUCCCGAAUAAGCCAACUUGCCUUGCCUGGGACCCAGUGCUGCGACUCAUGGCCAUUGGUACAGCUACUGGCGCCAUCAAAGUCGUCGGAAAGCCGGGAGUCGAAUUCUACGGCCAUCACACUAGUCCUGAUCAUCACAUUACUCACAUACUUUUUGUUCCGAAUGAAGGACGUCUUAUAUCUCUGUGCGACGAUAAUUCGCUGCAUCUAUGGGAGAUCAACGACACUUCUAUGGAGGAGGUCAAGGCCAACAAACUUGAAGGAAAAUUGAAUAAGAUAACGGUUAUGCGACUGGAGUCUAGUGGUCGCAAUCUACUGUUGGGCUUGGAGGGAGGCAAUGUCAACCUUCUCAAUGUGGCCACUUUCGAAUUCUCAUCGGCCAUCAUAUUCCAGGACAAAAUUGUGCAAAGUGUGGAGGAAGACUACAAGAUCAACCCGGGCGCAGUGGAGGCAAUAGAGGAGCAGCCGGGCAAUCCAGACAAUGUGCUCAUUGGCUACAACCGAGGUCUCAUGGUCCUCUGGAACAGGAAGACAUCUACUGCUGAACAGACGUUCAUAAGCUCUCAGCAGUUGGAGAGUGUUUCAUGGGAAGCAGACGGCCAGCAGUUUGUGUCGGCGCACAACGACGGCAGCUAUGCUUAUUGGGGAUGCACCAGCAGUAAACCCCAGGAGGAGCCCAGCACACCCUACGGGCCCUUUCCCUGCAAGGCUAUCACCAACAUUGUGUGGGCGCACGAUGCUAACCAGCCCACGCAAGAUUUGUUGCUGUUCUCUGGUGGUAUGACGCGAGCCAGCUACGGUGAUAAGAACACGAUCACGGCACUCAGAGGCAAACACGUGUCCGAGGGCAAGCAUGUCAUAUUCGACUUCACAUCCAAAAUCAUUGACUUCUUCACCAUCAGUGUGCCGAUGGAGGCAAAGGUUGGUGUGUCAGCCCUGAUAGUGCUGGCCGAAGAGGAGUUGGUGGCAAUUGACCUGGCCGGCGAGGAAUGGAAGAUGCUGUGUCUGCCCUACCUGGUAUCACUGCAUGCCAGUGCCAUCACGUGUGCCACGUAUGUCAGCGACGUGCCAGCCGACACCUGGCACGACAUCACUCAAGUAGGGCGUAUGCAGAACAGUGGCCUCUACUCCGAUGCGGAGUGGCCAAUCAACGGCGGCAUAUGCGAGGCUGACGGGGAUGACGAUGGAGAGGGGAAGGGUGAGGAGGUGGAGGUGGAGGGAAGCCGCGACAUUCUGCUGACAGGACACGAAGACGGGUCGGUGCGCUUCUGGUCGGCGGGAGGCGUGGCACUGUCGCCGCUAUACACGUUUGCCUCCAAGCAGGCCAUGCAUGCUCAGGAUGAUGACGACAUUUUGGUGGAGCACCCUGUAGAUGAGGCGGCGCAGUAACGGUGAACCUGGUGAACGACCGCGACGCAUUCGUGUGGAAGGGCCACUCGCGGUUGACGGUGAAGGGCGGCGGUGGUGACGGUGGUGUCCUGCUGGCGGUGGAUGCCGGUUUCCAGCCGCAGUCAGUGGUGCAGCUGCAUCCGCCGGCGGCGGUGACCGCCCUGGCGUUGCAUGCGCACCCUCUGUCACUGGUCGCCCUGGGCACCGCUCAUGGGCUGGCCGUUUACGACUAUGUGCGACAUACGCCUGUUGCCAGCAAGUGCACGCUCAAUCCCAACGAUUUGUCUGGGGCUGGCGACGUGCCGAUUUCGCGUCGCAAGUCGUUCAAGAAAUCGCUGCGAGAGUCGUUCAGGCGCCUGCGCAAAGGCAGAUCCACGCGGCGGCCAGAGAAGCAGCGAAACUCCACUCCGUCCACACCCGACACAAAGAAGACCAUUGUCGAAUCACCCACCUCGCCGAUAGAAGCAAAGCCAGUAGAGCGAGCCAUCGAGAGUCGACCGGUGGAUGACUCACUGGGCAGUAUGGUGCGAUGCCUCGCCUUUGCCAACACAUACAUUGUCACUGUGCAAAACACAAUGCCCACCCUGUGGGCUGGGACGAAUAACGGAACUGUGUAUGUGUUCACAAUCGCCACGGCACGGGAUGCGGACAAAAAGAAGGAUGCUCCCAUUGGAUGUCAACUAGGUAAAGAGAUCCAGCUGAAGCAUCGAGCUCCCGUGAUAGGCAUCAAUGUGAUAGACAGCCUGUGCUACCCAGUGGAUCCCGUUGCCAAGCACGGGCUCAACCCACCGCACCGCGUUAUCAUAUCGUCCGAGGAACAAAUCAAGAUCUUCACACUGCCACAACUGAAGCCUUUCAACAAACUGAAGUUGACUGCGGCCGAGGGAGCACGCGUGCGCAGAACGGCACUGGCCGAAUUUAGGGCGGCGCCUGGUGUGGAGCAUGCCCAAGUCGACCAAGUAUGUCUGCUCUGCCUUACCAACCUCGGCGACACCAUUGUGCUGAGUUUGCCCGAUCUCAGGAGGCAAAUUAAUGCGGCCGUUAUUCGCAAGGAGGAUAUCAACGGCAUUUCGAGCCUGGCAUUCACGUCGUACGGCGAAGGCGUCUACCUGCACUCUAGCAGCGAGCUACAACGCGUGACCGUGUCUGCAUCACGCGUCACGUUGCCACACUGCCGUCUGCACCUGCCCGCAUCUGCACGCAACCAGUUGCAGCAACUGAUGCAGCCGACUCGUCGGACGAUUUCGUCGGAUGACUCGUCGGACGACUCGUCGUCAUCGUCGUCGUCGUCGGCAAGCAGUGCUAGCAGUCAACCGCAGCUACAGCAGCUAAACAAAGACGUAGCCAGUAAGCCUACAGCCGAGCAGCCGGAGAAGAAAAAAGAAGAAAUUACGUCAUUGAGUGCAGUGGUGGGGGAAAAGGAGGUGGAGGGGGUGGAAGGGGGAGCAGUGGUGGUGGUGGAGAACGGUGUGGCCGAAAGGAACGGAGAGACAGAGAGAGAAGGAGAGGGUGAGGGAGAGACAGAAGAGAGAGAGCAGGACGUGACUGCACUCAGUCUGAGUGUUGGAGACAUCACCAUCGAUUCUGUCAAGGAUCAUCUUGUCAAUUCGAGUACACUGUCAGAGGAGAGCAGUCAUAACCAGAGUGCUACCAGCACAACACGGGUGGUGACAACAACAGUGACCAACAACAAGGUGGAACAACAACAGCAACAACAAGAAACAGCUGUUGCGACCAUCAAGCGUACAGUCAUCACAACAAGUAGUACUACCACCACCACCAACAACCAGGCCGCUUCACCACCGCAAGACAGUUAUUGUAUAGAUGAGAGUGAAGCACCUAGAUUGGAUUCAGCACACCUCCUUGAUGAGAUUCGUAAAGCUCCGUUGGCAAAAAUGGAAGAUCUCGAAAUGGAACAGGCAGCUGUUGUGAAAUGAACCGGCUGCUCUACUAGUUUUUUUAGUGUUGGACAAUUCUGUCACUCUGACGUGUUUCUAUCCUUCUCUGGUUGACGAUGAACAAUAUUACAAAAAUUGUUGGAAAUGUGCAAAAUAACUCACCCACUGUGAUCAGACAAUUUUUACAAUUUUCGAAAAGUGCAUUUUCUAGAUUGUUGCCAUAUCAAACUUCUUCUCCUUCUUCUUCAAGUGCUUGGCUUCUCAUUAAUAACUCAAUUAGCUGUUAUAAUUAUUGAUAAUUUAUUUUCGUCCAUUGUGAACUAAAAUGCAUCACUACAUUGUUUCUAUGAUUUCUGUUGAUUUGUUAACAUUCGUUUAUGUAAAUUAUUGCUGGAUUGUGCAGUAUAGACUACUAAUCCUAGGUACUACAUACACUUAACAAUGGAAAGUUAUAUGUUCAAUGUAGCAUUCCAUGAAGUAUUAUAUUUAGUGGAAGAAUUUAGUGAUUAUAUUAUAUAUUUAUAUGAUUAUGCUUACCCACCAUUGAAAAAAUACAAAUAAUGGUCUAAUAAGUUAAAAACAAACUAAAAUGUAGUUUUAACACUUGAACACAUACACAUACACACGCUUAUAAUAAUGUUAUAAUAUUUAUGAUGAUGAUAAAAGUAUUAGUUGUAUCAGAAUGUUUUUUGAUACUUCCAUUUUACAUCAAAUAGGUUUUCUACUAUGAUAGUUGAUAAUGUAUAAGUGUAAGAGAAAACUAUUAGAAAUUGACGUUAUAUUUGGUGGUAAAAUGUAUUAAUUUAUUACUAGGCUUAACAAUGUUCUUUUUGUAAUUCUUUAUGAAUCAAAUUAUUUUUAUAAUUUUUAGAAAGCUAUUGGUUUUGAGGUGGAACUUGUUUUAAAAUAUUUCAACUAUA